UGCCGGGGGUGUGUCCCUGAGUGUUGAAGGCCUUGAAGGGUGUCUGCAGCCUAGCGAGGAGAGCGUGCGCCCCUCGCGUGAUAUGCGGGGGGUGGUGAGUGUGGGGUCACGCGAACCCCGGGCCCUCCUGGGGCGUGGCGCCCCCUGCACAAAGGCCAGGCCUGAUGGAGUUCCGGCGGCGAUGACGACAGCGGCUCCUGGGCGCCCCGCCCGGGGAAGGGCACGCGCCGGGCAUGGCCUGGCCUCCCGGGGCUGGCAAGGGGCAGUGACCUCGGGGCCUGCGCACAAAGCUCUGCUUUCCAGAGAUACCAACUUCCUCCAGGAGAUAAACUGCAAACAGGAAGCUGCCCCUGCCGGGACUAAACUUAAAGCCAAGUCUCAGGGCUUGGUGACAUUUGGGGAUGUGGCUGUGGUUUUCUCCCAGGAGGAGUGGGAGUGGCUCAGCUCUGAGCAGAGGAGUCUGUACUGGAGGGUGACGCUGGACAACUACAGGAGCCUGGCGUCCCUGGGACUUUGUGCUUCUAAGCCAGAUUUGAUUGCCUUGUUGGAACAAGGGAAGGAUCCCUGGGUGAUGAAAAGAAAGCUGAGAAGAGACCAGCGCCCGGACGUGGAGGCCGCGCAGGAGACCAAGGAGUUCCCUCUAAAGGACCGUAGUGAAGAAGCAUUGUCCCUUGCGGUGCCGAGCAAACAGCCCCUGCACCAUAGCCCUAAGUGCCCCGUGUCUCAGGCAGCCUGGGAUGCUGAUGCUGUGUUGAGGGCACGCAGGGGCUUGACGACCAGCUCAGAUAUGGCUAGAGACUGUCCUCCACGGAUUGUGUCGGCUCAGAAGAGUUUCUGUGAGAAUGUGACAUGGGAGAACUGUGAUGACCUGGGCUCCUUAGGCCAGCAGUCCGUACAGGAAGCCCAGGAUCUGCUUCCAAGGCCGGACUCGCAUGCUGAGCUGGUAGCAGGCAGAGCUUGGAGCACUAAACUGGAGUGCUCCCCUCUCAGAGAUCAGGAUCCUGAGUGUGUGUUUGAGAGGAAGGGGCAGGACUCACCAUUUGAGGAAGAGACAGCUAUUCAUAACAGAGCCUUCUCAGAGGGGAGAGAGGGUGUAUGUAUCAAAUCUGGAAGAUGGUUCCAUUUGGACAGUUCAGAAGAGAGAAGUCAUAAUUGUAACUCAGGUAAAAGUUUCCCCCCAAAUCCAAUAGCUGUAAAAGAAACCGGAAUCUAUUCAGGAAAAAAACUUUUCAAAUGUAAUGAAUGUAAGAAAACUUUCACCCAGAGCUCAUCCCUUACUGUUCACCAGAGAAUUCAUACUGGAGAGAAGCCCUAUAAAUGCAGUGAGUGUGGGAAGGCCUUCAGUGACGGUUCCUCCUUCGCACGACACCAGAGGUGCCACACAGGCCAGAGGCCCUAUGCCUGCCUGGAGUGUGGCCGGGCUUUCAUACAGAACACCUCGCUCGUCCGCCACUGGAGGUGCUAUCACACUGCGGAGAGACCCUUUGAUUGCCCCGACUGUGGGAAGGCCUUCAGUGACCACAUAGGGCUUAACCAGCACAGGAGGAUUCACACCGGAGAGAAGCCGUACGCGUGUGACGUGUGCCACAAAGCCUUUAGGUAUGGUUCCUCCCUCAGUGUGCACCAAAGGAUUCACACCGGAGAGAAGCCGUAUGCGUGUGAGAUUUGCAGAAAAGCCUUCAGCCACCAUGCGUCCCUCACUCAGCAUCAGCGCGUGCAUUCCGGAGAAAAGCCUUUUAAAUGUAAGGAGUGUGGGAAAGCGUUUCGGCAGAACAUACACCUUGCCAGUCACUUGCGGACCCACACCGGGGAGAAGCCUUUCGAGUGUGGGGAGUGUGGGAAGUCCUUCAGCAUCAGCUCACAGCUUGCCACGCAUCAGAGAAUUCACACCGGAGAGAAGCCGUAUGCGUGCAAGGUGUGUGAGAAAGCCUUCACUCAGAAGGCGCACCUCGCACAGCACCAGAAGACGCACACCGGGGAGAAGCCGCACCAGUGUCCGCAGUGUGGCAAGACCUUCAGCCAGACCACUCACCUCACUCAGCACCAGAGGGUGCACACCGGGGAGAGGCCCUACAAAUGCCGGGAGUGCGGGAAGGCCUUCGGGGACAACUCCUCCUGUGCUCAGCACCAGAGACUGCACAGCGGCCAGAGGCCGUACGAGUGCGCUGAGUGUGGGAAGGCGUUCAAGACCAAGUCGUCCCUUAUCUGUCAUCGUCGAUGUCACACGGGAGAGAAACCUUAUGAGUGCAGUGCAUGUGGCAAAGCCUUUAGCCACCGUCAGUCCCUUAGUGUACACCAGAGAAUUCAUUCUGGGAAGAAGCCGUACGAAUGUCAGGAAUGUAGGAAGACCUUCAUCCAGAUCGGACACCUUAACCAACAUAAGAGAGUCCAUGGCGGAGAGAGAGCGGACAGCCACAGGAAGGACGGGGAGGCCCUCAGGCAGACGGCAAACCUGGCUCACCCUCAGAGGAUGCAGUCCGCAGAGUUACCUGCUCGCCCUUCUUUGCCUGUGGAUGUCUUCUCCAAAUUCGUCUGGAAUCCAUCCUCACUGUCGUCAUCAUAAUCUCGAAACUUUGAUAUUUCCACCACACUUGUUUACCAACUGGUGUCUCUGCCCUUCUGUUCGUUCUUGUCCCUUAUAAGUCCUUCAUGUUACAACCAGGUUGGAUUAUUUUUGGAGUGUAAAUAUAAUUAAUUUGCUCAUAUAAAGUUUCUAUUCACUGGUGAGUGCCUAAGAUGUGCGUAGCACAGUGCCUGAUUCAUACCAAGAACUCAGCAAACUUGGGUCUUUUAAAAGUUUAUUUUUGAAAAUUGAAAAUUUAUUCUAAUUAGCUCUGAUGGAAACAAUGCAUUAGAACGAGGCUAGGAACAACCAGAGUUUAGAAUAGAAAGGGAGUUCUCUGAGUUGGUGAUAAGGCUUGCUUUCUUUUCUUGAAAACUUUGUUCUAAGCCAGGGGUAUGGUGGGCUCAACUGCAAUCCUAGAGUUCACGAAUUCAAGGCCAGCCCUGGGCAACUUAGUGAGACCCUCUCUCAAAACAAAACCGGCUGACCCUAUAGUGCUGAGUUGUACCGUGACUUUGGAUGGGAACUACAUGGUGGGAACUCUUAGUGAGGAAUUUCUCCUGUACAUGUGGCAGUAGCCUCAAAGGACAGACAGCAUCAGUGUAUGUGGUCCACUUGGAACCAGUGAAUCAAAAUAAUUGGGAAAAUGCAAGGUUUUAUAUACAGGAAGUUAAAACUACCAACAAACAAAGAAAAUUGAAGGAUUUGCUCUUUAUAAAGUCACUGGUUUAUAAAUGCAUUCUUGCUAAACUUCCAAAGAAGUCUGGGAUAAACUGAUAUACAGUAGAGGGCAGCAAACCAAUUUACAGUCAGAGUCUCACGGAUUCUUUUUGUAGGGCCCAUAAUUUAAAUUUAUGAAAAUACGUUUAUCUGGUUUUAAAUUGGACAAAUAUUUUCAAUAUGAUAAUUAUGUGAAGUUUACACUUCAGUGUCCGAAGGUGGAGUAUUGGUGUGAAGGCACUUGUUCACUUACAUACGAUUUGUGGUGCUUCUGGCUGCAAAGGGAACAUCGUCCUGUGAGGAAGACCAUUUGGCUCAGCGAGGAAAGAAAGGCCGUCCCUGAAUCUCUAUAGAGAAUGCCUGCUGAACUGUGAAAAAAACAGUUGUCCUGUUUUUGUAAAUAGAGUUUUAUUGAGCCACACCCAUUCACUGGUUUACCAUGGUCUUUGGCUGUUUGUUUACAGCGGCAAAAGUGGGUAGGUGCCCUGGAGACUCUCUGGCUUUACAGAGACACAAAUGCUUAGAGCUGAAGAGUAGAGGAGAAUGUACAAAAGUUUCUAACCCCAAGACAAUAAUAAGCCCUGACCAAAAAACAAACCAAACAAGCCAAAACCAGCAAAACAACACCCCCCCCAAGAAUAUUAGACCAAUACUAGGCUCAGCAGGUAAAGGUGUCUCUUGCCAGUCUUGAUGACCUGAAUUUGAUCCUUGCA